CAUCGGUGCAAAUUAUAAGUCUGUAUCAUAAUGUCUGGUGUUUUCGUGUUUGUUGGUUUGUUUUUAUUUUGUUUUAUUUUGCGAGUUGGUUAUUAGAUGCUGCUCCAGCGAGCCAGAGAAUCGUCCGCCGCUCCGCCCUUAUGGUCAUGCGAGAGUACAUGGGUGAAUAUCCUCACAACACCAGCGGGCGGAGCAGGGCGGAGCCGACAUGGGCGGGUCAAAUGGAGACGAGCUCUGGGAAUGUUGGAUAUGUGGUAAGAGAUCGGAUCUACCUUGAUCAGCGGCGCGGCUAUGUUGCUAUUGGAAGUUGUCCCUACUAUAGGGCAUGCUUUGAGCUUUAGCUGCGGAACAAACACGAACUAAAUAAUGUACACGACAGAGCGCAGGCGAAUGAGCCUGCGGGACUCAAAGAGGAAGGAUCCAGUACGCGUGUCCGCUGGAAGUUUGUGGCAGGACUCUUUGGUGUUAGAGCUGAGCGCCAGCAACGGCUCGGGUAAACAGAUCGUUUCUCCGCGGAGUCGAACCAGAGCAGUGUCAGUGGCAUACAUUGUCAACGAGGACGCGUCAGUGCCGCACACCGAAGAAAACUUAUCACUGAAGUGUCUGAAGGAAGCCUGCGCGGACGCACACGCUGUUCUCAAAACGAUUUCAUUUGACAGAAUUUCCCAAGGCACUACUGACAUUCUGGACAGUUUCUACAAUGCAGAUGUUGCAGUGGUGGAAAUGAGCGACACCUUUUGCCAGCCUUCCCUUUUCUACCAUCUUGGAGUGAGGGAAAGUUUCAGCAUGACUAAUAACAUCAUUCUGUAUUGUUUUAAGCAAGAUAGUGAUCUGCAAGCUCAUAAGGAGCAAUGCGGAAGUUACACCUUCAUCCCAUAUGUAGUGUCACCUCAGGGCAAAGUGUUUGCCUGUGACGUCACCAUGAUGACUUGUAUCAAAGACCUGAUGCAACCUAGUUUCCAGCUGGAGCCGCUGCUCGUCCCCCUGGUUGAGAAACUGGUGCAUCUGCUGAACAAUGUGCAGAUUCAGUCCAGUGAGUACUUCCGGGAGUCAAUCAGGCAUGAGAUUCGCAUGGCACGGGAGCGGUUCAGCGGCAGAGCCUUGAGCGAGGAGUUAAACCACAUCCAGCAACGCCUGGAUAGUGUAGAUCUGCUUUCUCCGGAUAUUGUAAUGAACCUAUUAUUGUCCUACAGGGACGUUCAGGAUUACGAUGCCAUGAUAAAACUGGUGGAGACUCUGGACAACCUGCCUAUGUGUCAGGUGGCGAAGCAUCAGAAUAUCAAGUUUCACUAUAUAUUUGCUCUAAACAGGAGGAAUAAGCCCGGAGAUCGUGAAAAGGCUUUGAAAGAAAUUCUGCCAAUUGUGGAGUCAGGGAACAAGGUGGCAUCAGAUGUCUACUGCCUGUGUGGACGCAUCUACAAGGACAUGUUCAUGAGCUCAGCGUUCACUGAUGAGUCCAGCAGAGACCAGGCCUGCUAUUGGUAUGGGAAAGCCUUUGAGACAGAGCCAACUCUUCACUCGGGCAUCAACAAUGUGGUCCUCCUGAUAGCAGCUGGCCAUGAAUUUGAGACGUCUAUAGAGUUGCGCAAACUAGGUGUGACUUUAAGCACCCUGCUGGGUAGAAAGGGUAGUCUGGAGAAGAUGAAGGACUACUGGGAUGUAGGUUUCUACCUUGGAGCAAACAUUCUUGCAGGUGAAUACAGGAAAGUCAUUGAGGCCUCUGAGAAGCUCUACAGACUCACGGCCCCUGUUUGGUAUGUGGCGUCUAUUAUGGAGACAUACAUCCUGUACCGUCGGUUUGCCAAGUUACCUGAAGUGAGAUCUCCUAAACAAGAUACAGUGGACUUCUGGAUGGAGCUGCUUUUGCAGACCUGUAAACCCACUGCCUCAUCAAACUGUUGUCCAGUGCUCAUUCUAGAACCCAGUAAAGUCUUCCAACCAGCUAUUGUGUCUGUGAACGAGGAGGACCAAAGUCGCACUGUCCAGCUAAAACACGCCACACGCUUAAAGAAGGGCUUAAACCAAUGGACUUUCCAAGCAUCUGAAAUUCGGGGAGUGAGUGCUUCAAAGAUUGAUGAGCGGAGCUGCUUUCUGUAUGUCCACUACAACUCGGAUGAUUUCCAGCUCUGCUUCCCAUCUGAGAUUCACUGUAAAGGUUUCUGUGAGUUGGUAAACUCCCUUCUCCAGGAGGCUGAAAACCAUGUUCAAGAUAUAGAACAUACACUCGGAGAAAUACUAGAGUAUAUCUAUGAGACCAAUGAGAAUGGUGACAAGGUAAUACUUGGUAAAGGAACUUAUGGCGUAGUGUACGCUGGAAGGGACCUGAGCAACCAAGUACGCAUCGCCAUCAAAGAGAUCCCCGAGAAGGACAGCACGUAUUCUCAGCCCCUGCAUGAGGAGAUUGCUCUGCACAAGAGGCUUAAACACAGGAAUAUUGUCCAGUACCUGGGCUCUGUCAGUCAGGAUGGUUUCAUCAAGAUCUUCAUGGAAGAAGUACCCGGGGGUAGCUUGUCUUCUCUUUUGCGCUCCAAAUGGGGUCCUCUGAAAGACAACGAGCCCACCAUCAUUUUCUACACCAAGCAGAUACUUGAGGGUCUAAAGUACCUUCAUGAGAAUCAGAUAGUCCACAGAGACAUUAAGGGUGACAAUGUACUGAUCAACACUUAUAGUGGAGUUUUGAAGAUAUCUGAUUUUGGAACCUCCAAACGGUUAGCAGGGAUUAACCCCUGUACUGAAACGUUUACUGGAACUCUUCAGUACAUGGCCCCUGAGAUUAUAGACCAAGGGCCUCGGGGUUAUGGGAAGCCGGCAGAUAUCUGGUCUCUAGGGUGCACUAUCAUAGAAAUGGCAACAGGCAAAACACCCUUUCAUGAGCUUGGAAGUCCCCAGGCAGCCAUGUUCAAGGUUGGCAUGUUUAAGAUCCACCCCAAGGUUCCAGAGUGCAUGUCAGAUGAGGCCAAAGGUUUCAUCAUGAACUGUUUCGUGCCAAAUCCUGAUGAAAGAGCCACAGCGGCAGAACUGCUUAAGGACCAUUUCCUAAAGUCAUCUACGAAGAAAAAAGCUAAAGCUGUUCAGGAAUCCCUGUCUAUAACUGACUAUCAGCGCAGUAUGUCUGUGCCUAUCUCCAUCCAUGUGGAGGAUACUGAUUCUUACUCUGACUCGGUUGACCUGUCUUGCUCUCUGGACCUGACGAGGUCGCAAUCCUCUCUCAGAGCAGAAGAAAUCUCAGAGAGCCCACCAAGCACCAACAUCUUCCUGUUAAUCCCAGAUGACUCCACAUCAGACAUGAGCAGUCCAUCCUCAACAGAGGAGAGUACUGGCCUUUUUAUGCUAAGAAAGGACAGUGAGAGGAGAGCCACGCUGCACAAAGUUCUCACUGACUACAUAAGUCAUGUUGUGUCUAGUAUACAACAGUCUGUGCCUCAGUAUGGUGAUGGAUCCACGAUCACUCCAGACCACAUCACCAAACUCGUUAUUUGUUUGCGUGACAACAUCCGCUCCCCGGACAGGAAGCAGCUUACCAGCGGCUUGCUGGAGCUUCGAGCUAUGCUUGUAGCUGCCUCAGUACCUCUGAACAGCCUACAGGUGGUGCUGUUUAACUUCCAAGAUGCAGUGAAAAAAGUGUUGAAGCAACAAAAGGUGAAACCUCAUUGGAUGUUUGCUCUGGACAAUCUGCUGAGACAGGCAGUACAGGAUGCCAUAACUGUAUUACUGCCAGAACUCAAACUCCAUCUGCAGUCCUCAUUCGAGAGUGAGGACAACACCUCUGAGGAGCUGUUUGCCGAUCCAGACACUCCUGUAGCUCUAGUCCCUGACCAGCUGGUGGCACCAGCAUACACACAGCAGCCAGCACCAGCAAAUGACGUGCUGCUUAGAGCCAACCCUAAACCUGCAGACUUCAGCCUUAACACCAACUGGCCUCUCAGGGAGGACCUGAGAGAUCUGCGACUGGAGACCAGAAGACUGCUGAAUCAGCUAAGCGAAAAGGAGACAGAGUAUCAUGAGCUACUGAGGAACUCUCUCUGGAGAAAACAACAGCAAAUAGACGCACUGAGGAAAGAAUCAGUCAAUGAGGAUGUGGAGUUGGCUUCACAGAAAAGCUCCAGACCAGAGAAGAAAGCCUUAGUGCGCUGGCUAAAGACUGUCUCCGUAGAUCAAGACACUAUCAACAAGUUGCUCUCUCAUGAGUUCACCUUGGACUGUCUCCUCCGUAUGGCCGCCAAGGAUGACUUGAUGUACUGUGGAAUAAGAGGCGGCAUGCUGUGUCGAAUCUGGGCAGCUGUAACAGCCUACCGGAAGACCCAGCUCAGCACGCACAAUGAGGACAGCGAGGACACCCUUCUUUAAUGGCUGCUGAUGUUACACAUCAAAGGGCAGGUUCAUAGACAGGCUGGCCCUGUGUGUGGUCUGGAGGAACAGAGGCAUUUCAGGUUGCUGAUGUAAAGCAGAUUAAAUUUUGAAUACAUUUUUAGACUGUGAAUGUACUAUAAAAGAGCAUCAGAAGCUUUUUACUUAAAAGCUAGGUCAUGUCAGAAUUUUAUUUUGUUAUAUUAUAUUUUUACAUUUUGGGUGUCAGAAGGUAGAGCUUUAAUUGUAUCUUUAGGAGAUAUUUUUAAAGGUGGAUUUAAUUGGUUUUAAACAUUUCAUCUAGUGACGCUGUUUUCCUGUUUCACGGAAAGCUAAGCAGGAUUUGAAGUUAUUAGAGACUAUAUAUAAGAUUAACUUCUAUUCCUUGUUUGGAAAACAAAUUUUAUUUGUACCAUAAGCCCUUUUAAAUUCAUUUAAAUAAUAAACAGGAAGCAUUUUUUUUAACAGUCAUUCAGACUGGCUUGUUAUCUCCACACAGCCCUUUGUUUCUAACAGGGAGAGGGGUUUUUCAGGGUGUGAUGUAGCAUGGAAGAAGUGAUGUAGUGGUGAACAGUCUUUAAAUUCCACACGUGUGUCCUCAUCUGUUUUCAAUGUGUUGACGUCUCCUUAGAGACAGUGACGUGAACUUUGUGUGUGUGUUGGUCGAUAUGUGUGAUGCAUGUGUGUCUGAGAAGGUCUGUUGUAUGACUUUUUGCUGUUCUGGGUGGUUUCAUGCUGUCUAGUACUUAGUUCUUCAUUUUAUGAAAAAGAGUUAAAUUUUAGGUCUGAGUUUCUUAUGUCUAGACCUAAAAUUUAACUCUUUUUCAUAAAAUGACAAGACUUAAGAGAGAAAGACAAAGAUCAGGAGUGUAACAUUUCAGAAAAAAUUAGACAAACAUUCUUUAGAGAAGAAUGAGGAGAUUCUGAGGAUGUUAUUUAUUUUGACAUGAGUGACAGAAAGGCUGUUUAAUGUCAAAUGCAUGUUAGCUCCAUUCUCUUUCAAUGGGGAUAUGACUUUAGUGGAAGCCUUGGGCUGGCCCAUGCUAGCCAUAGUACUCACUAUUGUGAGUACUAUUCGAGUUAUAUGCAAAAAUACAUGUGCACAAGUAAUAACUAGUAUUUGCUUUUAAGUCCAGCCCUUUAUAGCAAACAUAAAAGCAUUUUCCAGAUGGUGAUGCACAUUAAUAUGCAAUAUACAAAAUUGUGGCAUUUAACCUGCAACCCUGAAUGGAAAAAGUAGAAGAGGAUGGAUGGAUGGAUGGAUGGAUGGAUGGAUGGAUGGAUGGAUGGAUGGAUUGGUGGAUGAAUUUGCAAGUGCCAAAAUUUAACAGCCGUUCUAUUUGUAAAGGCUGAGAAGUUUUAAGCAAAGGUUGUCAACCAGUAGGGGUCAUUGCUGACACGAUGCUGGAGACAAAAUGGGACAAAAUUGAUCUCUUUGGACUGUGUGGCAAAGGAAACCUUGCACAGGGAAGAAUCUGCAAAGUCAGAUUGGAAAGGCAGUCGUCCAGCUCUGGAGAUCUGUGGAUACUGUGGAUAGGUUUAGGAGAAAAUUCCUUAAUGAAGAAUAAAAAGAAAAUGCAAAAAAUGUGAUUUGUGUCUGUGAGGUGUGCCCACAGAUUUCCACAUAUAUCAGUAAGUGCUUUUUACACAUUUAAGUCUGAAGAAACGUCAAAGUUGGAUUGCUCUAGGCUAUCUUUUAACUUUUAUUAACCGUCCUAGUAUUUAAAAAAUGGAUGAAUCCACUAUCAGAACAUCUAACUAAAAUUACAUUUUUCUAUGGUAUACUUGCAAUAUUAAACACUACCGAGAUACUAAUUAAAAUCCACUGUAGCCCAUAUAUCACUCGUACUAUAAUUCAAAACUGGCAUUUCCCUUUCCUGUGUUCACAGAUUUAUGAUAUGCUUUAUUCAUUCGUUGUCAUAAGGUCUGAAAAGCUCUCUACAGACUUGGCCAAAAUACUGAUUAUGUCUGUCUGGCAGUAAAGAUCAAAAGCUCUGAUUUACCUUUGCAAUAAUUUAAGGGGCUCUGCAAAUCGGAAGGUGUAUCUGUAAAUCAAGUAAGGCAUCUGUCUCUUGUGUCCUUGGAUGCUGUCUCAAAGAAAAUUAAUAGCCCUACUACCUAUUAUUUGUUUAUUAAAGCAUGCUAGAUAGACAAAGAAGCAUCCUCUUUAUAGUUAAUAUAUAUAUUUAUAACUUUUGUAUUCACCUCGACUUUUAAAUAAAUCUGUUUUUGAGAUUUGAGUGUUCAAAUGUAUUUCUUUUAGGUAAAUGACAAAAGGUGGUUGCUGUUAUGUCUGGCAGACUAACACUCACAUGAAUUCUUAACAGUGAGUCACAUUGCCUUAAAGAAACAACACAGGCAGCAGCGGCCAUAUUAGAUUCAUUUCCUGAUACACAUAAUUGAAUAUAAUGUGAAUGUAUCCCCCUGAGUCUCGCUUGUUUGAAUAAGCUUUUAAAUCACAGUAGCAUUAGGACUGUACAGCUAAUAGCAUGGAAACUGUUAGCUUUGAUCAGCCAGUAAACUGUGUCAACUUAUUGAUGUGGAGAGACAGUAAAGUCAAGGUUACAUUAUGCUUUGCAUUAUUCACACUGACAGUCCAAUUUGUCUUUUUGUUGCACAUAUAAAUCUGAAAUAUGCUAUUUGUGUUGUUAUUUCUGCACUGUCUGUUUAUCUAUUCUGUUAAGUAUAUUAAGAACAAUGAAUAAAGCUCAUUUCCUUUUAUGUGUACA